CUCACACCUUCCUGAGUUCCUCCAGGCCGCAGCAAUGGCGCCCGCAUCGCUGACGAGGCUGACCAACCCGCUCCCACCCGCCUCUCCAUCUCCAAGAUGCCGCCGCCGGCCGGAGGAGGUACGGUCGGCAGGUCGCCGGAGAUCUCCCCCGGUGAGGGCAGCGUGUGGGAUGGUUUCCAGGAGGAGAGCUGUUUCGGAGAUGGCGAUUCUCGGCGCCGCCGCGGCGGCCUCGUGCUUCGUCGAUCUCUUCGCCCCGCCGUCGUCGUCGUCGUCCGUGCCUGUCCGUGCGGCCACGCUGGAGCCUGACGUGAUCAGGUACAGAAAGCUGGACAAUGGAGUGAAGCUAGAAGAUGUCGUCGAUGGAGAGGGUCCAGAAGCACAUGAAGGAGAUGUCGUGCAGUUCAACUACGUGUGCCGUCGCGCAAAUGGUUAUUUUGUUCAUAGCACGGUAGAUCAGUUUAGCGGCGAGAGUAAGCCGGUCACACUUCCACUUGAUGGGAAAGAGAUGAUUCGAGGUCUGAAAGAUGUCAUCAUCGGAAUGAAGACUGGAGGCAAGAGGAGAGCUCUGAUACCUCCUCAAGUAGGCUACACUGAUGAGAGCUUGCAGCCAAUACCAGAGGAGUUCGGGCCACGGCGAAGCCUCCUUUCACAUGCCAAGGAGCCUCUGGUGUUUGAGGUCCAGCUGCUCAAGGUCCUUUGAGCUUGACCCUGAAUUUUUCUGCCAUCAUCUAAACUUCACUUUCAGAAUAAAAUCAGAGAACUGUACACUUGAAACACUUCCAUAUAUAAGAUACAAUGAUCCCUUGAUGAUUUGGAACGCAAUCAGCAAGCUGAAUCAAUCAUAGAGAUAAUGAGCAGUGGCCGUCCUGUGUUCUUCAGAUCACUAUCAUUUCUGAGUC